AUGCUUGAUUUAUCCAGGACAAACACUAUUCCUACUACAACUGCAGCAACAAUCAAUCUACCACAUAAAGUAUCUUCACAGCGUAGUAUACCUGCUUUCUUACAUAAAUUAUUCAACAUGGUAGGUGACCCUUCAACUGAUCCAUAUAUUCGAUGGUCUAAAGAUGGAGAUUCUUUCAUAGUCCAAGGGCAUGAAGAAUUCGCCAAAGUGGUCUUGCCACGUUUCUACAAACACAACACGUUUGCCUCUUUUGUACGGCAACUCAAUAUGUAUGAUUUCCACAAAGUGCCGCAUCUACAUCAAGUUGCUUUGAAGGACAGUCGUCAGUCCAAAAACCCAAAUAACAACAACGAAAUCUGGGAAUUCAGCAGCCCUUAUUUUCAACGCAACAGACCUGAUCUUUUGGUCUUGGUCACUCGUAAACGAAACCAUCGUUACAACAGCAAAAACAACCAUGGUAACGAUGUGUCGAUAGCGGGUGGAAAAGCCAGCAAGUCGGCGAACGGUGACAGCAGCCAGCAGAUGAUGAAUGCCACAGUAGAAAAGGUGAACCUCGCCUCUGUUGUUCGAGAAAUCAUAGCUAUCAAGAAGCAUCAAUCGAUUAUUUCUGCUGAUCUACGUAAUCUACAUAGAGACAAUGAAAUUAUAUGGCAAGAAACAUUAGCAGCUAGGGAAAAGCAUCAAAAGCAUCAAGACGUCAUUACGAAAAUCUUGCGAUUCUUGAUUGCUGUCUUCUCCAAUGACCAACAGGCU